AUGUCCGCAGCUUCACCUUUGGUACAGACCCACAGCAGCUCCUUCACCUCCGCAUCUAGAAGUGUAGUCAACAAUCAUACCUAUCGCAUAGCCAGUGCCACUACCGUCCCCCCAACCUCAUCUUACCUCAAUCCCAGUUACGCUGGAAAUUAUAAGAGCAUCAACACCAACCAGAGUCUCAAUUCGGGGACCUGUGCGAUUGCAGGCGGUCACUGCCCGUCCAAACAGAACAACGAAUCUGUGAGAACGACGAACGCCACAGGUGUGAACGAUCAGUGCGUAUUGUGGGAUCCUUCCUGCCCAGGGGAUAGGACCUUAGCAAUAGAUAAAUUCUUUGAUCCCACAUUUCAAGGCGAUCUUCUAAGGAACAAAUGCUUCAUCGAGGCGGGAUCGAUAAAUUUAGGGAAUUCGUCGACCUGCGACAUACACAAUUCUUCGGAUAGCACGUCCGAGUUUCAAAGCAUGAAAAAUUGGAUGAGAUCAAGACAAUGUGUAACAGCCAAUACGGAAUGGGCUGUAAAUACCACGGAUCUCCUCGAUCCUGAUUCCCAUGUGGCUAUUCAAAUGGACCCCUAUAGUUACCACAUCAUGUCAGGGGCCAAUCCAUCUUGCUGUGGCGAAUGCGAGCUUGACGUUAAGAAUGUAGAUGUCUACUACUGGCCCGAGCCUGUUGUCAACACGUCGUGUCUCAGCAUCAUUGGGGACAGCAUCAGACCACUUGGUUAUGGUGCUACAAAGACCGUGGACUCCAACAAUGAGACUACUACCUACUGGGGUUGCGAUGCCAGCAUGGAAACGGACUACAUCACCCGAUAUAGUUCUGCUAUUACGUAUCCAGUAGUGACUAUAACAGCUAGUAUCUCGACUAUCGGCUCUUUGCUAAUUAAGGCCUCACUAUUCGAUCCAUGGUCCCCAUCACCAUGUACCGUCAGUGACUUAAUGUCCCAGGGGUCGAAUAUAUCCGCAGACAUUCGUGACAAGCAUGCAACAAUGCACGCACGAGAUCACACUUUAAUCACCCCGGCUUCCGUUACCCACAAUGGUAGUUUACCAGUGACUACCAUUGUGUCAGGCAAUUUCACUUUAAAGGUUUCACACACUAAUGGGAAUAUCAAAUGCGUUAGUACCUCUCCGUCUGUGUACGCCAGAUUCCACGGAAUAACAGCAACAGACCAGUGCGGCGGCGUAGUUCUAUCGACUACGAUGGUCGCCUUCGACCCUGGAGAACUAUCAACGAUCGCUGGGCCACUUGGGGGGCCUUAUGGGCUUGGCAAUGCUGGGCUCGGCAAUGACGUUAAUGGUGGAAAUCCAUUUUCUACAAAAAGUUUUAAUUUCAACGAUCUGCCUUGCCCGCCGCAAAGCGUAAUGCCCGGUGAACCGUACCGCCCUCUUAUUGCUAUGCCCAGUAAACUGAAGGAGAUUGUUCCUUGGUUCUCUAAAUGCGACUACGACUACUUCACAGCCUAUGAUCCCCCCAGUGCCCUGACGAUUGAAACAGCACUAGCCCCACCUAUCGUGCAAAAUGAGCCGAAAGCUCAUCCUUGGGCGCCAGUGCCAAGUCCUACUUUAACUUCAGAAGCUAGACAGAUAGUCGGCACCGAAACGUCAAUACCUAUACCUGCGAAUGUCCCUACGUUGGAUCAGCCAAAGGCUACAGUUACAACAACUUCGGUUCCCCCAAAGCAGAAUGGCCCUCACCCUAAUGACCCUGCAACUCACGAGAGUCAGCCGUCCCAGCCGCUGUCUAAUCCUGUAGAAUCAAGCGGCGAUCUCAAAGGGGGCAACGACCCUCAACAAAAUAACGAUCCUCAGCAAAGCAUUGAUCCCAAACAUGGUUCUGAUUCAAGUUCAGUUGGAGAUCCUAAGCAAGCCAGCGAUCCCAACCAAAGUAAUAGCCCAAAAGAAGGCAAUGAUAACAGUCGAGAUCCUGGACAAGAAACAGAUCCCAAGCCCAAUAGCGAUCCCAACCAAGCCGAUGAUAGUCAAGGACUAACCCAGAAUGCAGGAGCAGUAGCACAAUCGGACCCAAAGCAGAACAAUGACGCAAAUCCUUUCGACAAUUUGGCCGAAGGCCAAACCACGACUAUAAACAACCAAGCUGUGCAGCCGCUUCCUCAUGGCAUCUCCAUUGCAGGCACUACCUUGACCGCAGGAGCCCCACCAAUCACCGUCUCCGGAACCCCAAUACAACUCGGUCCGUCCGCUCUCAUUAUAGGUGCAUCUACCAUACCUCUCCCCUCCGCAGGUCCCAACUCCAUAACCACCACUAUCGCAGGCCACGUCAUCACCGCCGCACCGAACGCGAUCGCGGUCGCAGGUACCACUCUAACAAGAGGAGCACCCCCAAUAACCGUAUCCGGAACCCCAAUCCGACUCGCAUCCUCCGCUCUCAUCGUAGGCACCAGCACGCUCCCUCUCGCAGCCCCAGCCCUAGCCCCAACCCCCAUCACCACCACCAUCGCCGGCCAAGCCAUCACCGCAGCGCCAAACGCCGUCGCACUCGCAGGCACCACUCUCAACCCCGGAGCCCCCGCCACCACCAUCGACGGAACAACCCUCUCCCUCAACCCAGCCGGCCAAUUCCUCUUAAACGCUCAAACCAUCCCCCUCCCUUCCACAAAAACCCCCUUAACAACCACCACAUCCAUAGCCAACGAGCCCAUCACCGCCGCCCCAAACCUCCUCCUCAUAGCCGGCAGCUCUCUCACCCCCGGAUCCCCGGGCACCACCAUCUCCGGAACAUUCCUCUCCCUCAACACGGCCAGCGCCCUCCUCCUCGGCUCCCAAACCAUCCCUCUCUUCUCCGCAUCCCCUCUCCCCCUCACAACAACCAUAGCAAACCACGUCAUCACCGCCUCGCCUCACGGAAUCGCUAUUGCAGGCACCACUUUGACGCCUGGCGCUUCGGGGAUUACGCUGGGCGGGACCCUCGUGUCGCUUAAUACGGCUGGGUCCGUGGUGGUUGGGUCGAAGACUAUUGCGCUGCAGAGCAGUGGUGGUAGUGUGGGACUGGAGGGGCUGAUAAUGGGGGCGUUUGGGUCGAACGGGCCGUUUGGCUCGGUUACUGGUAGCCCGCCGUCGUCGACGGUGGGGAGUGCUGGGUUGGGAGGUACGAAUGGUACGAGCGGUGGUGUGCAGGUUUUUGAAGGGAGGGCGGCGAGGCUGAAAGGGUUGUUUCUGGGGAAUGGGAUGGUGGGGUCGGUGGGUUCGAGGAUACCGAGAUUAAAUACUCUUUCAUCCCCAAAAAGGGUGUGA